AUGUCUGUCGGCUCACCUGCUGGUAGCAAAUGUGAGAGCCAGUUCCACCCCGAAUACGUAUCUUCCGUAUCUACCGUUGACCCGAGGUCUCCAAGUCUGACAUAUUCACUUUCUGUACCACACGAUGGGCAACAUGAAACCUCAGAGUCGACUUCGGCUGUCCGCAGUCGACCCGAUCAUAGCAGAGAGCCCUGGUCACAUCCCUCCUCGGUUGGUCUCUCGGCAGCCCCUCUCGCGCUCCCCUAUCAGCCUCGUUCCGUAUCUCCUAGGCUCCACGAUCACCCUGGCAUCGUCUCAACCUCCUCGUUUUCUUUCUCGCCCAACGGCGACGCGCCCGAUCUUCGAGACGAUACACCUGAAGAUCGUGCCCUUUCGCUACCCGCAGAUGGGAAGAAAGAACCUCCCAUUCGUGCGACCUAUUCUGGCGCAUCGGUAGAACACUUUUACGACCAUCAUCGCACCAAACCAAACGGCUAUUCCAGCUAUUUGCCCCUGUCUGGACAAAAGCACCAUGAUGGGACAAAUACGCCAACCGUUCCGAUGCCAAAAGUUAAAUUCACCGACUCCGUUGGAUACUGGCUCGGUUUGUACUUCUUCUUCAACCUUGGUCUGACCUUGUUCAACAAGGUCGUGCUGGUCAGCUUCCCUUUCCCCUACACAUUGACCGGCUUACACGCUUUGUCCGGAUGCGCUGGGUGCUACUUCGCAUUGGAACAAGGCGCAUUUGUUCCAGCGCGUCUCACACAGAAAGAAAGCAUGGUCUUAGCUGCCUUCUCUGUGCUGUACACCAUCAAUAUCGCCGUUUCCAAUAUUUCCCUCCAGCUUGUGACCGUCCCAUUCCACCAAGUUGUGCGCGCCUCGACUCCUUUAUUUACUAUCCUCAUCGCCACUGUUUUGUUGCGGCAAAAAUUCAGCAGUAUGAAAUUGAUCUCCCUUCUCCCCGUUGUGGCCGGGGUUGGCUUCGCGACCUACGGAGACUACUAUUUCACCGCGUGGGGCUUGAUUUUGACGCUAUUGGGGACAUUCUUGGCAGCGCUCAAAACCGUCGUCACAAAUUUAAUACAAACGGGUGGCGGAGGACGUCUGAGACUGCACCCACUCGAUCUAUUAAUGCGUAUGUCACCACUGGCAUUUAUUCAGUGUGUAAUUUACGGGUGGUAUACCGGGGAACUGGAGCGAGUGAGAAGAUACGGCGCGACGCAGAUGACACGAAGCAAAGCUAUUGCUCUGCUUGUCAACGGAGUCAUUGCUUGUGGUUUGAACAUCGUCUCCUUCACCGCCAACAAAAAAGCCGGCGCGUUGACAAUGACGGUGUCGGCAAACUGCAAACAGGUGCUCACAAUCGCGUUGGCAGUGGUCUUGUUUGACCUGCACAUCAACGCUACCAAUGGGAUAGGUAUACUAUUGACGUUGCUAGGAGGAGGCUGGUACGGAUUCGUGGAAUUUCAAGAGAAGAAUAAGAAACGCCUUGGAAAGAUCGUGGAUAAGUCGUAG